AUGGCCGAUCCGGCUAACAAGACAUUUGAGGACUUUGAAAAAUCCACACAAGGUGGUGGUCAGUCAGAAUGCCCGCUCGGGUAUGGCAGUUCGCCAAAGCAGGAGGAAAAGUCGGAAUGCCCCCUUGGAUUUGGCGGAAGCAGUGAUUCCGAAUGUCCCUCAGGAAUUAACCCAGUGAAACUCCCCGAAUCUGAUAUUGAUCCUCGAAACAUGAUGCCCCCUCCAAAUCAAAAGCCAUCGCCGGAUCAGCCAUUCCAACUCUCAACCGAGCGUCAGUCGAGCUCGAUCCCAAAAGACGGCACGGACGGAACGUGGCUCUAUCCCUCUGAGCAGAUGUUCUGGAAUGCGAUGAUUCGAAAGGGUUGGCGAUGGAAGGACGAAGAUCCUGAUCCAGCUCAAAUGAAUGCGAUCAUCAAGAUUCACAAUAAAAAUAACGAGCUUGCUUGGCAAGAGGUAUUGAAAUGGGAAGCAUUCCAUGCACACACUUGUCCAGAAGGACCAAGACUGGUGCGAUUCGGAGGAAAAGCGAAGGAAUUCUCUCUUCGAGCAAAAAUCCGACAUAAACUCUUUGGAUACCCUCUUCCAUAUGAUCGACACGACUGGAUUGUUAACAGAUGUGGCCAAUACGCAACCUAUGUGAUCGACUACUAUGACGGCGGCGAUGUCGACGAUGACUUCAACUUUUCCCUCCUUGAUGUUCGACCGAAAAUGACGAACUGGUCCGAGAUCAGAAAAACGACGGGCUUCGACAAUCCUCUCAACUGGUUCAACUUGCGACUAAACACUGAGGCGGUCUUAGAUCGAACAAAGACUUUUAUCUGGACGAAUAGUAUCGAUUUGGGCGAAAUGUGUUCCUUUUUUAGACCUGUAACUAAUAAGAUAUCGGAUUACUUCUCGAGUCAAGUGAAAACUCCUGUACAAUAUGAAGCUGGUGAUUUUUUGUCCCUUGACGAACAGAUUCAGCAAAAAGCUAAAACCGGACAGCUACCAAUUGGCCGCCUUCCACCGAAGAAAGAAGCAUAA